AACUCAACUUUUCACGUUUCUGCUAUUCAUGAACAGAAAAUACGGAUUUUAAAUUUUAGCAAGAAAUGAAUGCUAACGAGAUUUUUGAGAAGUUCAUGAAAGCAGAUGAUUGUGGGAGCAUUUUGGAAUAUUUUGAUAACCUCUGUGACGAACUGGAUUUGAAAAAAAUUAAAAAUAAAUUGAAGCUGUUUGACCAUUUUUCCGCUAAAGUGACGUCCUGGCGCGCCAGGCCACUUUUAAGUAAACUGACCAGAAAACGAACUUUUGAAGUCUAUCAGAACAAUCAAGGCUGUCAACACGCAAAGAUUUUAGUUAUUGGUGCCGGGCCAUGUGGCCUUCGAACGGCCAUUGAGGCUGCGUUGCUAGGUUACAGAGUGGUUGUCAUGGAGAAGCGCUGUUCCUUCUCACGUCACAACACCCUUCAUCUCUGGCCGUUCGUCAUCGAGGAUCUAAAGAAUCUAGGAGCAAAAGAGUUGUUUUCAAAGUUCUGUAUCGGAGGAAUUAGUCACAUCAGUAUCCGGAGACUACAGAGUAUAUUACUUAAAGUAGCGCUGUUACUUGGGGUGGAAGUGCACACAAAUGUGGCGUAUGAUGGUCUACUGGAUCCGCCCCUAGAUAAUCCGGACGUGGGUUGGCGGUGUCGGUGUACACCUGAAGACCACCCCUUAUCUGAUUAUCAAUUCUCCGUCAUUAUUGGAGCAGACGGAAAAGGCGAAACGCUACCGGGUUUUGUUCGAAAAGAAAUACGUGGUCCCCUAGCAAUAGCAGUUACCAUAAAUUUUAAACGGAAGUAUACCAGUCAGGAAGCCAAGGUUCAGGAACUGGGAGGAUUAGCCGUGUGGGGGAAACCCGAGCAUUUCCACAAUCUAGUAAAUAAGAAAGACAUUCUGCUGGAGAACUGUGUUUAUUAUAAAGGAGAAACACAUUAUUUUGUGAUGACUGCUUUAAAACAAAGCUUAAUUAAAAAUGGCGUUUUAAAAUCAAACCAACCAAAUGCAAAGGCAUUAUUAGCUCCGGACAAUAUAGACAAAGCUAAACUAACGGAGUUCGCCUGUAAUGUAGCGGAAGUGUGUACGGACGGUCUACUUCCGGAUUUAGAAUGUGAAACCAAUUAUCGAGGUGAACCUGACGUCGCCAUCUUUGAUUUUACUGCUAUGUAUUAUUCCGAGAGUGCGUCACGUGUUCUGGUGAAGAACGGACACAAACUGUUAAUGGGACUUGUAGGGGAUAGUUUGUUAGAGCCUUUCUGGCCAUUGGGAACCGGAUGUGGUCGAGGCUUCCUCUCGUCGUAUGACGCUGCAUGGAUGAUUCGUCAAUGGACUUCCGGUGAGAUGUCGCCACUUGAGGUCUUAGCAGAAAGGGAAACCAUAUACAGUCUUCUGAGUUCCUGUAUGGCUGCCUCCGUGUGCAGUGAUUACAACCAUAUGACGGUGGACCCGAAAACCAGAUAUAACAAUUGGAGCGAUCUUGUAGCCAAAAGAAAAACACCCGAAAUGGUUCGCCAUUUGUGCAAUACAGAAUAGAACUAUAAAGUACUAGUAAAAUUGUGCACAGACGUGUUCGAGUGGAAAUCCGUCCAAAGGAGACAAAUUUUCCUGCUUGUAAUGUUGAAGUGAGCAUUAUAAAUUGAAUGGCUUAUUCACUUUUUAUAUCCCCAGCCGACCGGUCACACCUGCCGUGUUCUCCUUGUCCUUAUCGGGCAAACGGAAAAAUCCGUGGACAAUUCAGUGUGAAAAUAUAUGCCUAAAAAUUUGUAUGAAAAACAUUUAACUAAAUGAUAAAUUGUAUUUGCU